AUGCCUUACACACCUCCCGCUCAGCUUUCGCCCGCAGCUUCGAAACAACCUAGUCCUACCCCGAGCAGGUCUCAUUCUUACAUCAAAGGACAAUUCCUAUCUCCGGAGCUGCCGGCUUCAUCCGGCCGACCAAACCUCCCUCGUUCCAGCGCGUCGUCUUCGUAUCUCACCAAACAUCGACGCAGUCCCUCAUUAAACGAUGUCAAGAGCGACGUUGUCUACAAUGGCGAGGCUUUUCAAGAAAACGGGUCCUUUGACCCCCAUGGUAGCCUCCGCAAGUCGCCUCCGCCUGUGAGCAACGCGUUGAUACCCGCAGGAAUGACCAUCUCUCCUCCCGAAUCCUCCCAGAACUCGAGUGACGAAGAGGAACCACACAGGGGGCGGACAAGGGAUCUCGAGCUGGAAAACCUCGAAGCGUUGCAAAAAGCUAUCAGGUUAAUAGAACAAAGAAAAGCAGGCUCGCCCGAUCGAAACAUCCGUGAUAACCCUACGAUCAACAAGACAGCUCCCGCAGCUUCUCAAGUUGAACCGAAAUCUCAGCCGCAGGGUUCCGGCACACAACGACCACCUCUGUCCCAAGAGGCUCGAAAGAUCUCACAUUCUCGGUCAUCUACCGAUUCGAGCAUAGUCUUCGAGCCACCCGCCAUUCAAACUUCCCUCCUCCAAACUCCUGAGGAACCUGACGAUAGUGAUAGCGAUGGUCCUCUUACCAAUCGUCCUCCCAUGGUCCGAAAGAAAUCGGGCGAACUGGUUCGCCCAGCUCUACGACCAUCUUCCCGGAGGCGACCCUCUAGCAUGCCAGGCACCCCCACCUAUUCCAAAGCGGUCCACUUCGAUUCGCACCUCGAACAUGUCAGACACUUCCUGCAGGUCGAUAGACCCCUGGCUGUCAGCGCUGGUUCCUCACCUGUAGAAACUUACGAAAGUGAAAACGAAUUUCCCUUUGGAUCUGAUGAGUCUGCUGUGCGGCCACGCGGGUCUCAGUACGAGUGGGAACUGCGACUGGCCAACUUCCCUCCACCGUCCGAAGCACGGAAGUCACAACCCGUCUUUGUGGAGAAGGUGUCCCUCUCCUCUGACCAGAAGAACCUCGUCGGCACUGUUGCUGUCCAGAACCUUGCCUUCCAUAAAUUGGUGAUUGCACGAUUCACCUUCGACUACUGGAAGACCACAUCAGAGAUCGUUGCCGACUAUAACAAUGAUGUUCGCCGCAAACAUAACCAUGACGGCCUUGACCGAUUCAGUUUCACAAUCCGACUGGCCGAUCAAACCAAGCUCGAGAACAAGACACUCUUCUUCUGCGUUCGCUACACCGUCAAUGGUCAGGACUACUGGGACAACAACAGCAGCUUCAACUACCAAGUUGACUUUGUCAAGAAACCAAAGGUUCAACCCGGAACGAGUGAGUCAACCGCACUUGCUGCGCAGCCGGCCAAUGCUUUACCUCGCAGUCGACCAUCUCCACCUACCUCAUCUGGUCGUCCCAAAUCUCUGCCGACAUCAUUCGACGAUUUCUCGACUGGAUUCGAUAGCUUUUCCAGCUUCGGCCAGUCUGCAGGUUCUCUCAUCGGUGAGCCCAAGCUCAAACUGAGGAGCCCGAGGUCCAAAGCCGAGCUUCUUCCGGACUCUCAUUCUCGCCGUAGACAAGGCGGCGGCAACGCGUUUGGCAGUAGAUAUGACUUCAAUUCGUCACUGACGGCUGCCAAAAACAACGCCUACGCUGUCUUGGGUGACCACGCUGGCUUCUCUUCGAGGGCAGAUACAAAGCAGUCUUCCCACGAAGUUCCUGCGGCCACUGCCGCGAAGAGCUUAGCCAUUGCUCCACCCAAAGACGACGUUGGCGUCAUUGAAUCACCAGCCGGAGCUUCUCCUACUCCCGCUGCUGCUCUCAUGACAUCCAAGCCCGCCGCUUUGGUGUCAGAAAAACCACCACUCACCUCUCAGUCCUACCAGGAACUAGUGGACAAGUACUGCUUUGUAGGUGCCCGGGGAAACAGCGAGGAAGUCAGGACACAUGGAAGUGCUAAUUCUCUUGCAGUUUGGGACAGCGAGGUCGCCUGA